AUGCACUGCGGUAAUCAGAGUGGUAUGGCUACUCUGUUACAGCAAAAAAGUUUCAUGAAAACUGUAACCAACGUAGUGGUAAAUGGAACUGACAAUGGCCAGGCCGGGGCAAGCGCAACAAUUGUCGCCUCGUCCACCGUCUCACCAGCGGUCCCGAACGGAGUGGCAUCCGCCAAUCAUCCGGCACAAACGUUUCUUCCGGUCACGGCGAAACCUGCCCACCAGCAGCAGCAGCAACAGUCGCUGCAGAUGCAUCACCAACCACCGGCACUGAUUGCGGUCUCAUCCACAGUGCCGCUCUCCGGCACCGGUAUCUCCUCUAGUUCCACUUCCGCCACCAACACCACCACCAUCAUUAACGCUAAUAGCACGCAGCAGCUUCCAUCGGCAUCGACGUCCUUUCCCGGGCGCACGUUCGGUGGGCGCACCAUACUCCGUGCCCCUGGCGCUACUACCAUCAGUUUAGCUUCCGUUGCUCAGGUGCCGCAGAUCGACGGCAGCUUCCGGCAGCAUAUCAUCAAUGCCACCACCACCGGCAGCACACACCCCAUAAGUGAUGUCCUUACCACGACAACGACUGCAACACCUUCGUGCCCGGUCAACAAUACCGUUACACUGCAGACCGUGAAUGGCGGCAUUCAUUCACAGCAACAGCAGCCCCAGCAGAGUGGGGAUGGCUUCGGGAGCUCGUCGAUGGUGCCUCCAGUUUCGAGCGCGAACCAACAGUCACCUGCCACCAGCGGCACACCGGUAGCGGACAACACAAGUGAGGCCACCGUUGCAGUGGCCGGCGACUCGCAAGAUACCAAAGAAACGGUCCCGGAUGAGCAGGAGGCCGAACCGGAGAUCGAUAUCGUGAUCAAUAACGUCGUGUGCUCGUUCAGCGUCCGCUGUCAUCUCAAUCUGCGGGACAUUGCCAUGAACGGGUACAAUGUGGAGUUUCGCCGCGAGAACGGCAUGAUGACGAUGAAGCUCCGGCGCCCGUACACGACCGCUUCGAUCUGGUCGUCCGGCAAAAUCACCUGCACCGGUGCUACGUCGGAGGAUCAGGCCAAGGUUGCGGCACGUCGGUACUCACGUUGCCUUCAGAACCUCGGUUAUAACGUGCGUUUGAGAAACUUUCGCAUCGUGAACGUGCUCGGCACCUGCAGUAUGCCGUGGGGCAUCAUGAUCGUGAACUUCUCCGAAAGGUAUCGCAAGGAAGCGAGCUACGAACCGGAACUGCACCCCGGCGUCACGUACAAGCUGCUUAAACCGAAGGCCACGCUGAAAAUAUUCUCAACUGGAAGCAUUACCGUCACGGCGGCAAGCGUGGCGUUCGUGCAGGAAGCCAUCGAGCAUAUCUAUCCGCGGGUGUACGAGUUUCGUAAGAAACGCACGCCACUGGAGAAGCAGGAGUUGCUUAAGCCGCCAGUCUUCGAUGCGCAAGACACCGAUCAGUUGAUCGAGGAGGAUGGGGGUGACAUCGAAAUGCUCGACGCGUUGGAUGGUACCGAAGUGGCAGAUAGCCGCGGUGCAGGAGCGGACGGGUACGACGCCUUCGGUGGAAUCGCAGAUACUGUACAAAACAAGUACAGCACCAAAGCAAUACAGAAGAGCAGCAGUUCACGCGUCAAUACGGGACUACAGCGGCAACGGAUCCGUCGGCAUCGUCCGCCCGGUCGCGAAGCAAUUUACAGCGAUCCGAUGACGGAUGACGAUGAUGACGACGCUAACGUUAGCGAAAUUUGAGCAUUAGACUGCCCGAGAUACACUACACUGCGACUGUGAGUUAACGUAACGGCGCGGGUCCCAACAAGCGGGAUGUGUUUUGCCGCGCCCCAUUUCUUUUUUGGUGGGAUCACUCACACAGAUCGUAUCGAUCUGAACACCACAAACACACCUAACAAAAAAGGAUAACAGUAAAACCUACAGCAAUAACAGGCCGUCAAACGCCCAAUAUCCGGGUCCGGGCACAGCAACGUAGAACGCUGGGAGUAUCCGCCUUCUCCCGUGACCACAGCCACUGACCAAGAAUUCACAGUUUCAAUAUCAUCGUCUGCUGACGCCGGAAGUCUAAUAAUAAUCCGAUGCUCCGCCACCGGGCGGGGGGCGGUUCGGAUGACUGUUUUGAUGAAAAGUUUUCGGUUUUUUUAGUGCAUGCCGUUUUUCUUUUUUCUAGUUUCGAAAUCAUGGAAUAAUUACUAACAAAGUGCUUGACUAUAUACAAUGUUUUAUAGAAGAAAAUGGGAGAGAAUGAUGAGAGCGAAAGAGAAAAUUAGAAGAUAUGUGUACGUGAGUUGUGAGAAGUGAAACGAAAAAUUAAUCAAACAAACAAUACCGUUCCUGACACGGAUGCGGUUACGGUACGGCGUGUUGUGUACGGCAAUGAUUAUGUAGGAGAUACAUUUUUAACAUUAAGCAAAAAGAGGAAGGGUGAACACAGACUCUUCAAUGACAAAUCUACGGUAACGAUAAGCAACAACCCAAUAAACGCCUAACUUAUCUGUCCUUUUCCUAGCGGUCAAAGUGCCCGAAAGAGGAAAAGUGAAACGUAUAGCCAGCUCUAAUUACUCAGAAAUAUAAUUUACACAAAGUGUCUGGUCAGGUACGAGAGGCGGCGGUCAGAGGCAGAACGGUUCGCAACGGACGACCCAUCUGUUUUAGUUUGUCUUUGGUUUAGUUUAGUAGAUUAGGCAAAAGUGCUGACACGUAAAGGUGUAUCCCUGUUUUCUCACUUUUUUUUUUGUAAAGAAUGCAUAGUAUUUCGAAUCACCUACCAGUUCUACGAUUGCUUCCUAUUCCCUGCGCCCCGCUGGAAACCUGUUUUCGUCGGCGUAGAUCACUCUAGUUCUCGCCGGAACUAAUCAUACGGUGGUAACUGCAGCCCAGUCAUGUGCAAAGGAAAGUGGCCACAUAUAAUACUCGACCAAUAAAAUGAGGGUGUACAGCUGCAAAACCGCGGUGAUUUUCUGCGCUAUACACAUACACAUACUGUGGACCACACUCUUCUAGACUGCAGGAUCGGCCCGAUAUCCAGUAAUUCACAUUAACUUAGGCAAAGAAAACCACCACGGAAGCCACUUUCACGGCACAAUAGGCAAGUGAAGUGAACCAAAGAACUUACCUAAACAUACGCGUGCAGCGAGUGGCGCGAAAGAGGACAUUGCAACGCGCGGUACAUCCUGCGGAAGCACGCUCCUGAAUUCCGGGAUGUGACAGUCCGGUUGAAUUCGUAUUAAAAUUUAACAUCCUACUAUAGACUUUCCUGCCCAAAGUAAAAUUCACGACAUCAUCCUGCGAACGACAGAGAAAGAUAGAGAGAGACAGAGAGAAAAAGAGUAGUUUGAGCUUAUAAAGGCGGAUGUUAAGUCGUUCCAUUGUUUUGUGUAUCUGUGUUUCGAUAAACAAAGAGAAACAGAAAUCAAGCAUCAUAAUUAAUAAGCAAAAAAGCCUUAAUCAUAAUGGAUCAUAGUAACCAGAGCAACGGUAUGGCGGUUCGAGAGACGAUCGUAGAAAUCAAACUAAACCCACUGGCGAUCGACGCACCGCGUACUGUGAUGGUGGCCAACAGCUUGAAAAGAUCUGAAACGGGGAAAAGGUUAGAAGUAGCGAACGAGCGGGACAUUAGGACCGGAAAAUGUGCAAGAAGUGGCGGUGGAGAUCGCGUUUCGAGGUUGUCUUCGGCUUUCGUGGGUUAGAUUAGAGAGCUACGAGUAAGAAAUAUUUGUAAAACGGAAAUUCGACGGAAGAAAAUUUGAAUAAAA